GCCCGCCGGGAAGGCGCGAUCACAACUCUCAAGGGGAGAAGAAGGAAAAAAAAAAAGAGCGCGCGCUCUCCUGGAGCUGAAAGGCACAUGGGGCGUGGCCAGAACCUUCCGGCUCCGGACAAGGGGCGGGCAUUUGAAACGUACGGACGAGUGGAGGAGUCGAAGCUAUUUCCCGGCAAAGCACCCCAUUGGGAGGCGGCGAAGCUUUGGAAGUUGGGGAUUGGUGGACCUCACAGCGGGGCGGGCUCAAAGGAGGUCCGCGGCAGCAGGGUUGCCUCACCCCCCCCCUUCCCAUGUCAACAAGCGGGGCGCCUGCGCCGGGGGUUUGCGCGUCUUUUCCUCUCAUGCGCGGUAUUUGCUUUCCGAGCGAGGCCCCGGGUUUGGCCUAGAGCCGGUGGCUGCACAAUAAAAAAAGCGGGCGGCCUUCCUCAUCGCGGACUCUCGGAGCAGCCCCCCCCCUCCUUCCCCUCUUACCCUGGAGGUUUAGGAUGGCGGAAGACUCGCCCAAGCGGCGCAAGGCCAAUUUCAACGAGGCGGAGACGGAGGUGCUGAUCGAGCAGGUGUUGAAACACGAGCAGGUGCUGUUCGCGGCCGGGCCUGGCCGGGCCUCCCCGGGUCAGAAGCGCAAAGUCUGGGAGCUCAUCCGGCAUAAAGUGAACCCGGUGGCCGCUUGCCCUCGCGAGGUGGAGGACCUCAAAAAGCGCUGGCGGGACCUGAAGCGCCGCGACCGGAGCAAACUCUGCCGCGUCACCCACGGCGCCGGCGGGGUUGCCCCCCACCCGGCCUCCUUCGGCCUCCUGAUUGGCAACGAGGACGCCUCGCCGCCGGACCACCUCCGAUCCUAUACCUCGGGGCUGCCUGCCCCCAACGAAGCUGUGCCCAUCGUCGGGGGGAUCGAUACCCUGGAUCUGCCCAGAGCCUCCUCCGUGUCGGAUAUGGGUUUUACAGAUGACCCUGGUCCAUCCCAACAAUCGUGUGUGGAGAAAAUAAAUCUAAAAGAAGAAAUAGUGGUGAAAGUAGUGGAACCAGAAGAAAGCUCAGAAGAUAUGGCAGUCGUUCCUCCUAGCCAGGAGCAGCUCCCUUUUUUGGGGAUACCGAACGGAGGCCCUUGCGGAAAAGUAAAAGCCAAAACAAAAACUCAACCCCAGACAGACUCUAAUGAAAUUACAGAAGAUGAUAUCUUACAGAUCCAACAGAAUCAGCUGCAUAUCAUUCAAUCUGGGUUCGAUAGCAUCAAUCAUAAUCUUCGGCUUCUACACCAAGGAAUGCAAGAUCUCAACAACAGCCUCAGUGUCAUGACACAUACGUUAGUUGCUAUAAAAAAUGUAUAUGUGAAAAACAAUGCCGGUCCAACUACCUUUGCUACUGUCACUACCCAGACCACCGCAGGAUACCUGAGUCCUGGGUCCCCUUUAGUCGAGGACAGAGUUAGAGUACCAGUGGCUGGGAGUAGCAGCAGAAGCAGCAGCUGCAGCUCCAGCUCAAUGUCGCAAGAACCAGGCCCUUCAGAAUUUCCUCGGCCUCCACACAGACCUAUUAAAAAGGAACAUUCAAAUGGCUGUUACUAUUUCUGUUUUGCAGAUGUGUAAGACUUGAAUACAUGUAAAGCAACUGUGACGUUUGAGUAGCUAUUCUGUACCCUGCUCUGGCACUGCAUCAUGGUUAGCAAAUUUCUCUGGCUAUUCGUUUUUGAUAAUGCUAAAUGUAUGAGAUCUCCAGUAUUCCCAUAUGCAGAAAGCCUGUAUCAUAAGAGGAACAACACUAGCUACAAAUUGAUUCAACUGACUGAGGGGCAAUAUAGCAAUAUUUAAUAUUAAAGUGAAUUUUUAGAGCUCAUUUCGAUACGUUUACUCAGAAAUAGGUCCUGCUGUACCUGGGCUUGUUAACUUCCAAGUAAGAAUGAAUAGGAUUUACCUAGCUGAUGUCUCAUACAUUGACUUGCUAAGAGGAAAUAAAUAAACCCUGACAUCUUGAUAUUUCUAAUGUUGAGUUUAAAACAAGGAUGAAGAGAUAGCAGCAACUUUAUUUUUUUCUGCUAUAAACAUGUCAUAUAAGACAUCUUUUUGUAACAAUCUAAAUUGUGAAUUGGUAAAAAAAAAAUCUUACUUUAAAUGCUCCAUAGUACCUCUCCCAUAAAAUACACCAUAAUAUGGAUCUUAUCUGUUCUAGCAUUGGGAAUGAAUUGAGGUACUAAACCACCAGCAGAGUGCUUGCUAGUUUUUCCUGAUUAUUCCUCCAUUAUUGCUCAUGCCUCACUGUUCAGAAUAUAACUUCCCCAUCAAAACACUUUGCACAAAAUAUGCAGUAAUGGGAAGGUUGCCUUUUGUUGUAUAAUAAAAGGAAAUUUGUCCAAAAAAAACCUCAGUAUUCUUGAGACAUAUUUUCUAGGGGGAAAAAAGUCUAUGUAAGUAAGGGAUAUAUUUGACUUACCAUGCUGCAAACGCUCUUUAGCAGGGGUGUCAAAAUGGCAGCCCACACGCCGGAUGCAUCACGCAGAGGCCACAUCCACCCCAGCUCCGUGAAAGGGGAAAACAUUGCAAAACGUCACGUGACAGCAAUGUGACAUAGCAAGUUUGAUACCUAUGCUCUAUAGGUUUUGAAAUAUAAUGCUUUAUAUAUCAUACUUAUCCAGGCUCAAUGUAGCCUUAAGGUAAGACAGUCAAAAUCACCUACAAUACAGAUCGUCCUCAACUUAUGACUAAGGUGGUGGUUAAGUAAGUUGCACCUGAUUUCUCCGCCUUUUUUUUCCCAGAGUUGUUAAGCAAAUCACUGCAAUUAACUGAAUCAUGUGGCCAUUAAGCAAAUCCAGUUUCUUAUAUUGAUUUGUCAGAUGCCGGCUGGGAAGUUCGCAAAUGAUAAUCACAUCACCCUGGGACACUGCAACCAUUGUAAAUACAUGCCAGUUGCCAAGUGCCAGCUUUAAUUAUGUGACCAUGAGGAUGGUACAAUAGUCAUAAAUGAGAGGACUGGUUAUAAGUUUUUCCCAGCACAGUUCUAGCUACAAACAAAUGGUGGUGUAAGCCAAGGACUAUUAUUCCAUGAUCCUGACCAUUUGAUCAGGCUCACUAGGGAAGAUGAGAAUUGUGUAUCCAAGAUGGUUUAUGUUUUGUGCACCUACCAUGGUGGUUAGUCAAUAAGCUGUGUCUUGGUAUAGGGUAUGAGCCUUGCUUGUGUGUGAAGUGGGGGGAUGGUUUUAAAAAUAACCUUCAUUAAAACAAAUCAUAACAGAUGUAAACAAUUUAGUGUACCUGAUUCAUAUAAGGAUUUUUUAAUUAGAAAGGAUGUUGAUAUCCUGAGUAGACCUGCUACAGCAGAGAAUUUUUUUUUAAAAAAGCAUCACUCCAAGAAGGAUAUAAUCUAUACCACACUUAUGUUUUACCUUGAAAAUAUUCAAUUUUGAGAGUUUUAUCUUACUAAAGUUACUAAAGUAAAAAUAGUAACAUAUUCUUUUCAAGGCCCUACUGCAUACAUUGUUCCAUUCCACACUGACCUUUGUGCUGGCACUCCAAUAUGCUGAAGUCUGGGUAUAAAGCAAUAUAUUUAUUAUAAAAGUCUUUGCACAAAACACUUUAUUUCAGUGUGAAUGAUAUUGAGAGAUUUCCAUAAAGGUAUAGAAAGAUGUUAAACC